AAUUACAAUGUAAAAAUGGUCAAAAAAAUAACAAACAUUGCAGAUUACGAGACUCUCGACGCGAUCCAAGAGGCCAUGGGAGCGAUGGGACCUUGGCACGUGAUUAUAGCGGUUGCUCUCUCGCUCGUCAAUUUUCCAGUAGCUUGGAAUCAAUUGUCAAUAGCUUUUAUAGCGCCACCGGCUAAUUUCACUUGCUUGUCGCCGGUGUCCGUUGACAAUUCGACAACCUCAAGAUGCGAAGUGUCCCUUGGUAACGGAACAAUCGAGAAAUGUCACGAGUUCGAAUACGACAGAAGUAUUUUCACGGAAACGAUCAUAACGGAGUGGAAUUUAGUAUGCGAUCGUGCACAGCUCGCAAAUCUUGCACAAUCUUGCACGAUGUUUGGAAUUCUCGUUGGAAACAUGGUGUUCAGUGCAAUGGCUGACAGAAUCGGCCGAAAGAUCCCCUUGAUGAUAGCUGUGAUCAUCCAAUCGCUCACUGGCUUGUUGAGCACAUUUGUACCAUGGUACGAAUUGUUUUUGGUCUUGAAAUUCGUGUCAGCUGUCGCGACUGGCGGCACGAUGCUCAUUACUUUCGUUCUUCUGAUGGAGAUCGUGGGCAUCGAGUGGCGAGCGACACUCUCCGUGUUAUUCCACAUCCCAUUUCUGCUUGGCUAUUUGUCUAAUCCUCUCGUAUCUUAUCUGACAAGAUCCUGGAAGAGUUUCCAAUUGGCUGUUUCCCUCCCACCGAUCUUGCUGCUCUCGUAUUAUUGGAUAAUCCCUGAAUCUCCGCGCUGGUUACUGGCUGUAGGAAAAGUGAGAAAAGCUCGUAGCAUAUUGACUAAAGCAGCGAACCGAAAUGAAAUACCAUUGGAGAAAGUAACGCUUGCAGUAAAUUGUCACGAGGACCACAGUAAACGAAGGAGUGAAAGGACUCACGAAAAGUAUAACAUAACGCACUUGUUCAGAACCCCAAAUAUGCGAAAAAAGAGUAUUUGCAUAGCGAUCAAUUGGUUCAUGCUUGGAACUUGUUAUUUCGGAUUCUCCCAGUACAUCAGUCACUUGGCAGGGAAUAUUUUUAUAAACGUUGCGAUUUCUGCUUUUAUGCAACUGCCCGGAACGCUGGUAGUUCUUCUUUUGAUCUCGCGCGUAUCUCGUUUGAAACUUUUGAUCGGUGGAAAUUUGUUGGCAAGUUGUAGUUUAUUGCUGAUAACGCUGUUCGACAAUUCACUCGCUCAGAUAUCACUCUCGGGUCUGGGCCUUGCUGGCAUGUCCAUAAGCUUCCCGACCAUUUAUCUCUACUCUGGAGAACUUUUCCCAACUGUUGUUAGAAACAACGGCAUAGGCAUGUGCAGCGUAUCGGCAAGAAUCGGCAGCAUGAUCGCGCCCUUCAUAGCGACGAUGGGAAGCCUGGUGGUUUGGCUACCUCCGGUGCUUUUCGGAGUUGGUCCGCUCUUGGGAGCAGCUCUGUGUUUCUUCUUGCCUGAAACGAUGAACUGUGAAUUGCCAGAGACGAUCGAGGACGGUGAAAAUUUUAGAAAGAAAAAGAAGACCGCACCCGAGCCCACGGAAGAAAGUUGAGCAAUAAAUAAACAAUAAAAAAACGGCCAUUUUAAAAUACGAAAUAAGAGAAACGCUGGGAAUUAUACGAAAGAAUCUACCUCAAGGAGCGACGAGGAUCAAAACUAAGAUCAAAACUCAAUCCACGCAGUAUUGUUAGCUAGUAUCGACAUCAUUUAUCAUCGUCAUGCAAUGAGUAUUUUUUGUUGUCACUUUAGCUAACGAUCAUUUUUAGCUAACGAACUAAAAACUUUCAAUAACUUUUUUUAUAUACAUCGAGAUUUCUCCAUGUACGAAUUUUUUUCAAAUUCGUCCGUUCACCUGUCGACGAAAAGAUUUUAACGAACAAAGCAAUCGUUAUUAUUAUACACAGA